AUGAAACUAGCACAUGGUCUUUGCGGGACAAUCCUUGCUGCACUUUGGCUGGCCUUAGUGAUUUCCUACGUGGCUGCACCAUGCAAGUUGAUUGAGGAGCACAUGUACACUAUGGCCUUGUUUGCCUGUCAAAGUUUGGAUAGCUUUCCAACUGAACUGCCGACCUUGACAUUAGUAUUCUUCUUGGUCCUGUGCUUGGUACUUGUACCAGGGACGGUCGUACAAGUCUCCGCCGUGAGGUGGAAUGUCAUGCUUCACAGUGUUGGUGUCGCUACACUCGCAGCUUGCAUUUUGAAAGUGUGCCUUUUGUAUGGCGAAUCCCGAUCACUGCUGAAGGACAGUUUGGUGUUCACAGGGAUCGUCACAGGAAGAGCCGCAGCUAUGUAUCUGGGCAUGCUGUUGCUGGCCAUCUCAAGACGGUCCAUCAUUUCAGAUCGGUGGAACUUGGACUACCCAAACAUGAUCGCUUUUCACAGGCCCGUUGGGUGGUGGGUGCUGUGGAUGAGUUUGCUCCACUCAUUGGCAUUUGGAUUCUAUUACUUAUGCCGUGGCGGUUGGAGAGAGCUUUUGGAGGCUUGCCUACCAGUUGCUGUGCGCUGUGAUGGUUCUGAUCACUGUUGGAACACCUUGGGCCUUGUCAAUGGGUUUGGUGUCGUGGCAACUGCAGCCACCAUCAUCCUGGCGGUCUCCUCCCAGAAAGUGAUCCGUCGACGUUUCUACAACCUCUUCUAUUUCACCCAUCUGGUGACAUCCUUUGUCUUCAUGCUGUUCUGCGGUUUGCAUGAUUUUGCCAUGGUGAUUCUCAUGUUUCCUGGACUUGUGUUCUACGUGAGAGAUCGCUUUUCUGGCCUUGUUUCCUUGCGCGGCAGCACCGAAGUGACAAUCAACAUCUUGUGCCGCAGUGAAACUUCAUCUUUGGUCAUGUUCUCCUGGUAUCCUGCCGAGGGAAACAGGGGAUCCCAUCUUUUGCCCGGCACUCGUUGGGUGUAUUGUCGGCAGAAGACCAUUUCCGGUUUGGAAUGGCAUCCCUAUUCAACCAUUUUUCAUGGAAACCGGGCGUUCAUUUUGUUGAAGGCUGCAGGUGAUUGGUCAACCUCACUAUGCAAUUCGGCCACCAGAGAUACAUUGAGACUUGACAUCGAAGGUCCAUAUGGCAAGUCCAGUGACAGUUCUGGGCGGCUUGGCUCUGGGGAUCAGGUGCGUACACUGUUGAUCGCAGGAGUCAGGAGGGUGAGAUUGGUCACGCCGACCGGGUUGGCCACGAUGGAGAUCUUUGACCUGACGAAGGACGACUCUCCUGAGGAGCUGAUGGCGGAGGAUGAUGAUGAGUCAGCCUUGCAAGUGAUGGCAAUCCGGAAGUGUGACGAGAUUCCGGAUGAGGUGGAGGAGAUCUUCUACGACUGCCAGAGCGGUGAUGAGAGCACGUCAUUGCGGACUCCAUCGAUGGAAGACACAGGAAGUGAUGCCCUACGAGCCCAAUCCAAAGAUGUUGAGGGCCAAAUUCAGAAUUUGUGCAUGGUGAGGAACGAGGCUCCCAAUGUCGUGAUGACGCUCGAUUCGGGAGCAGAUGUGUCAGUGGCACCAGAGCAGUACUACGCCCUGGGACUACCUGGUCAUCAACGUUCCACUUGCAUGAUGGAUGCUCAAGGAGGUGCCAUCAAGAGCGCCGGAAACAGGCGACUUCGACUACAAGCCUACACCAGAGCAGGAGAGAUGGUGGAGUUCGUGGAGCAGUUUGCUUUGGGUGUAGGUGUGACUCACCCCUUGAUGAGUUUUGGACGUCUGCUCAAGCAAGGAUGGGUGCUCUCUCGAGACAGCCAAGGCCUCUACGUGGAGCACAAGGAGAAGGACUUGAAGAUCCCAGCUCGGCUUGAGAGGAAUUCACUGGUGAUGGACGUGAGAGUUUGUGCAGUCCGAGCUGAGGACAAUGAGACGCAGGAGAUGGAGGCCAUGGCUUCGAAUGACAAGGACAUUCAGGAGAGUGCCCCGACCGUGACAGCAGAAGCACACUCCAUGGAACGAGGAGUGAAGAGGAGUGUCGAGGAGCAAGAGAAAGAGAAGAUGAAUGAAGAGGAGGAUCAACAGAUGUUGGCUUUGAUGCAAGAACUGUCAAAGCAGGGCAGCCAGAGAUCACCGGGCUACACUACAGAGGAGUCCGGAGAUGUCAUUGUGGAAGCCAGCAGCAGUGAAGAUGGAAAGGUGCAAGCCUGCAUGGCGAGGUGGCAGAAUUGGAAGCUGCGGAAGGGCAUGGUGAAGGACGGACCUAUGGAGCUGUCGGACAGCCCAGUGGUGGAUGUGAUGGAGGACAAUCAUGUGUUCCCGGUUCGAGGAGAAGCAACGAGCCUGUAUGGAUUUAUCUCGAGAGAACUUGCGUUGCUCGAGAAGAUGCCUGGCUGGCACGCUCUACCCAACGGGAUCGUCGUUCACUCCAGUCCUCAGGCAACUCAUUUUCUGGACCCAAGCCUUUCAUUUGGUCCAGAGUGGUGUGGACGGAUGACGUUGUUGAAGAAGAAGGACAACAGUGGAGCGCGGGAGCAGGUGGAGAGUUUGGCAAACUAUGUGGACACUCCGUUGCCAUACCGACCAUUGCCGGGAGGACCUCGUGCGGCGUUGACCUUUGUUGCACCGGGAUUGAUCCGUGACUACUUUGUGGUCAGCUCUGAGGUCCCAGUGAGCCAGUACCCCUUGCUGAGCGGGGAGCCAUCCUCGUGGCCGGACGAUGAGAGGGAUGAAGAAGGAGGUGAACUGCCAAUGUUGGCCGCUGGAAGUGGUGGACGACCAGAGAUCUUGGAAGAUGCUGCCUUCAUAGACCCCAACGAGCUGAGGAUCCAGAUAGACGAGACCUGGUUUGACAAGGAGACGAAAUUGAAGGACUUGCAGGAAAUUUGCAAGCAAUUGGGCUUGGCAACAUCUGGCUCCAAGAUCAAGGUGCUGCGGCGACUUCAAAGCUACAAACACCACCAGGAGGAGAAAAUGGCCUAUGAGAUCGCCCAGAGGUUGUUCAGUGAGAGCAGGCGAGAAGCCAUUCCGUUGAAGGCACCAAAGCUACCAAGCCGCCACGAGCAAGAACUUCAUCAGCUCACGCACCUACCCUUUCAGUCUUGGUGCCAACAAUGUGUCGCCACUCGGUCGAGAGAAGAUCCCAGGAGAAAAGAAGAUCAAGCUGACCGGAAAGACCGAGGAAGACCCGUGAUAAGCUUCGACUACGGGUUCACGUACACCACUGGUGUUCCCAAGGAUCGACAGUGGGGCACGGCUUUGUAUGUGGCAGAGUCAGAGUCCAAGGCCACCAUGUGCAUCCCGGUUCAGGCAAAGGGGAGUCUCCCAUGGCAGUACUCCGUGCAAGGCAUCCUCAUGAAGACGAAGUUUGCAGCACGUCAACGACUGGCAGAAGCAGCAGAGGAUGCUGUCGGUGACGAGCAGGUGGAGAAGGAGGCCAAGCUGAUCGGGGAACAAGUGGCUGUUGGCAUGUAUGGCCAUGGGCCCAUUGCAGGACCAAACACACCAGGUGUUCCUCCAGAUGGGUACCCCAAGACUCCAGGCAAGACACCCAUCGCUCCAACUCCGGCACCAAAGACGACGGCAGCGCGAACACCAACCAUUGUGCCGGUUCCAGCAACACCAGCAGCUGCAGCAGCACCCAAGACAGCACGUCCUGCACCUUCAGGUGACAAAAGUGACAGGCCUUUGGUGCCUCGAGAGCUCCCUCGAAUCCCGCUGGCAUCAGAAGAGGACGAGAGCCCAAAGAGGAAGGUAGUGAGACUUCCAAUCCCUGAGGCCAUGAGGGGUGAGCCAGCGCGGAACUUUCCACCAGGACCUCACGAGGUGGAGACAAGUCCGAAGAGGAGAAUCCAUGAGAUGGUGGCCGAGGAGGUGUUGCAACAACAGCUCAACGAUGUCAGCGAUGACGAGGACAUCGACAGAAGCAAAGGAAAACCUCCUGAAGUUGAUGAAGAGGAGCUGAAGAAGCUAGAUGCGGAGGUGGAGCUUGAGACAGAAGAGAAUGAGGGCACGGACACAUGGUGGGUUCGGCUGCUGAUCACUAUGAUCUGCCUGGCAAGUGUUGGGGCCUUGAGCUUGGCACGGAUGACUUUGCAGACAGUGCAGACAUGGUGCAGCAGGAGACGAGGUCACCAACAACCCGUGCAACGACAAGGAGAAGAUGAAGAAGAAGAUGAUGCGGAUGGCCCGCAUGUGAGAAGGGGAUUGCAAGAGGACACCAGCCAACAUGAAGAGCCACACUACGAGAAUGACCCCGAGAAGGUGAACAUGCAGUGGCAAAUAGUCCACCUAGAGGUGGCUGUGGCAGAGCAAGAGGAGAGAUUGAAGGAAGCCCGAGAAGAACGUGACCGUCAAGCACGUGAGGUGGUGAGAAUGUACAACAUGUGCUCUGAGCUGCGAUUUGAGCUCGAGGCGGUGAAAGAAGAGAGGGACAAAACCCAAAAGAAGGCUAUCCGGAUCGCCGGAACUGAUGAUGAAGACGUGGUCCGAGCAUGGGAAGUUGUUGAGGCAGCCAUCGAUUUUCAGUUCCUUCGCCAGAGAGCUGAGAUCUGCGUCUUCAUCACAUCGCAGCCUCUUUCUGACGAUGUUCCCACCCUGGAGACGAAGAUCGGAUCGGGCUUCGGUGGUGAAGAAGCCUGGCUUAAGGCUUAG